AUGGGUUAAUUAAUUCUUAAAGCUCUUAAUGCUUUAUAGAGUUAAAAAUAAAGAAAAAUAUUAAUGCUUGGAUUAGACGCUGCUGGUAAAACAACUAUUCUUUAUUAAAUGAAGUUCGGUCAAAACAUUCAAAGUGUUCCUACUAUUGGAUUUGGUGUGGAAUCAAUUGAAUAUAAAAAUAUUAAAUUUAUAGUUUGGGAUAUUGGUGGUUAGUGGAAGCUCAGAUAAUUUUGGCUUCAUUAUUUAUAGGGUAACAAUGCCUUAAUUUAUGUUUUAGAUUCUACUGAUCUUGAAAGAAUGGAUGAUGCUAAACAAGCCCUAGAAAUGGUACUCUCAAGUUCAGAUAUGACUGGUAUUCCAGUUUUAAUCCUUGCUAAUAAAUAAGAUGUUGCAACUAUGAAUGUCUCUGAGAUUUAAAAUAAAAUAUAAUUGCAUACAAUCAAAGGUAUCGGUGAAUGGUUUAUAUAAGGUUGCUGUGCAUUGAAUGGAGAAGGUUUAUUUGAUGGAUUAUAUUGGUUAUUAAAAGUAUUAAAUAAAUAAUAAAAAUGA